AUGCAGAUUAACAAGGAAGGUUGUACUGCCGCCUUCAAGAAAGAUCAAGAGGAGAACAGAACCAUGAUCCACUCUGGUCCAGUGUCUGGACAAGUUCGGCGGACCAAACCUAUGAAGCGGAAAUCCAGUCUUCAUCAUCAGAUCCCUGCAAAAAUGCCAAGGCUUUCUGAGGUAGAUGGGCCAUCGUCAAUAUCACAAAACGAGGUCAAUAAAGGGAACAGCAAAAGAAAACGGGAUGAAGAAGAAGGACCAUCAAGCUGCCCUAAGAAGACAAAAGUACUUCUAGACCAUGUCCUGUGCAAUGACAAAGCAUCCUCCUCAAAAAACAGCUCCUGUAGCAACAUUAAUGAAAGACCCAAAAUAUCUGAGGUAAGUCAUAAGACGUUGGCCUUCAGCAAAGAGGAGGCACCAAGCAGAAAGACAGCCAAGAAAGCUCUUUGGUUUUCCCCUGCAGAGGUAGCCCAAAGAGCUGAAUUUGAGGCUAAGUAUACAGAAGAAAAUCAUCUCGGCAGUGGAGGCUAUGGUUCAGUGUUUGCCGGCUACCGUAAAGCAGACAAUUUACCAGUGGCAAUCAAGCACAUACCAAAAGAUAUUGUGCUCUACGAAUUCACUGACGAAUAUGGCAAUGGGCUCACUGCGGAGGUAGUAAUCAUGGAAAAGCUAAAAGCGGCAACAACUGGCUCAGUGGGGAAGUCAGCCCCAGUGGCCCUGCUGGACUGGUAUAACUUGGAGCAAGAGCUGGUUCUUGUGCUGGAGAGACCAGUGUCUGCUGUGGAUCUUUUUCAGUACGUUGGAGAAUAUGGAGGUAGACUUCAAGAAGAUGAGGCAAAAGUUAUAAUAAAACAGCUGCUUGAUGCAGCGAUAUACCUCCAGGAGAACCACAUUUUCCACAGAGACAUCAAACUGGAGAACAUCCUCGUUGAGACGGAUUCAGAUAUCCCAAGACUUCGUCUCAUUGACUUUGGUUUGAGCUGCUUCUAUGAAGAAAACACAAAGUUUAACUUCUUUGAAGGCACUAUGGAUCAUAUCCCUCCGGAGGCAUUAAGGUGGGAAAUUUACAGCGCUGGGCCCUCAACAGUGUGGCAGGUGGGGGUGGUGUUGUUCGAAACCCUGCACAAAGUAAACUUUCUUUCCACCAGCUUCAUCAAAAAAAGAAUUAGGAUCAGAAAAAUGCUUUCUAAAAACUGCCAGGAUUUCCUGAGAAAGUGCCUCACACAAGAUCCUGAGGAACGCCCCACUCUGAAGGAUCUUCAAAGCCACGCGUGGCUCAUGUGAAGAACACAUGACACAAAUACUUUCAACUAACUUUAUUCCAUUUAGUUAGUUUUAAGAUGCACAGACAGACAAACAGAUGGAUAGAGAGACAGAGGUAGGGCUGCAACAAUUAGUAGAUGCUGUCGACAACUAAUUUACCCAUCGACUAUUGUUAGCAAAAAAAAAA